AGAAAUUGGUCACCGUGUACAAACUGCCUAUCAAGCAACUAGCGGUAUAUCAACUCAUUUGUGCAAUAAAAAAAAAUACAAAUAUUUUCAUUUUCCCAUAAUUUGGAUAAUUAAUUAAUAGUGCUAGCAAUUUACUUUAAUUAAUAACUACUAGUAGUAAAAUAGUAGCCAAUAUGGGCAUCGCCAAAUUACUUUUUGCCAGUGCCUUUGUCACAUUGUGCCUUAAUUCACUCCCAGCGAGCUCUUGCCAAUCCGUAGAACAACGUUUUAAGUUCCCAAAUAGUGAUGUUUACUUGCGUACAGGUCGCUCGACGCAGUUCCACUAUCAAGUAAUGAAAGGUUCAAAAAUACUCAAGACAAUUACCUUGGAAAAUGCCUUCUCAGACGCUAAGCUGGAAUUGUUGGAUUCUGGAUCGUAUGCUUUAAAAACACCAGAUACAACCAUUACCUUCGAUCUGAUUGCCAACAACGACAAUGUCGUUCAUGUACGUGUAUCACGCACAGUUCCCACCGGUUCGCAACCAAUGGAUUGUUUUGAUCUGGAUAUACCGAAUACCCACUGGUACGGUGGUCCCGAAUUUAAAGAUCACUAUUGGCCCGUAGAGAAACAAACAUUGACAAACUUCUCGUACGUUACAAAAGAAUUCGAAAAUAUGGGGGUGGCUGAGCGUUAUUGGCUUAAUAGCAAAGGUGAAUUCUAUUAUGUUGAAGACGCCACACCACUUUUCAUUGAGCAGAAUUUCCCUGGUUAUGAAAAUAAAUUAUGCUUCAGUGCCUUGAGUGCGCUGCCAUUUAACACACGAGCAGAGAAAGUAACAUUCGUUUAUCACGUUGGCGUUGCGCGCAAUGCAAAAGACGCACACAUGUAUGCUGUGAAAAAAUUCUUAAGCCAUCCUGUUGAACAUCCUGAUGAGCGCAUGGUAGCACAACCCAUCUGGUCUACAUGGGCACUUUAUAAGAGAGAUAUCAACGAGUCCGUUAUACGUGCUUUCGCCGAUGAAAUUGUAAAUAAAGGUUUUAAAAAUAGUCAAAUAGAAAUUGAUGAUGAUUGGGAGGAUUGUUAUGGUGCAUUGACAUUCCGCCAAUCGAAAUUUCCCGAUAUGAAGAAACUAACAGAUGACUUGAAAGCUAAAGGUUUCCGUGUGACGCUAUGGAUACAUCCAUUCAUCAAUAAAAAUUGUGAGCCCACCUAUACCGAUGCACUAAAUAAAGGUUAUCUCAUCCUGGAUCAUAAUGGCAAUCCAGACACCCAAUGGUGGAACAGUGGCACAAACGAAGCAGCCUACGUGGACUUUACCAAGCCCGAAGUGCGCACUUGGUUCAGCGAUCGGUUGAAGAAAAUACAGGAAGAAGGCGGUAUUGACAGUUUUAAAUUUGAUGCAGGCGAAACCAGUUGGAUGCCCGACGAUCCAGUCCUCCAAGGGGACUUAAGCCUUUCUCCGACACAAAUGACUCGCGACUAUGUACGUACCGUAGGUGCUUUUGGCCCAUUGGUAGAGGUGCGUGCCGCGCAGAACACACAAGAUAUGCCCAUAUUUGUACGUAUUGUCGACAAAGACUCCGAGUGGGGUUGGAAUAAUGGUUUAAUUACACUCAUAACGACAAUGCUGCAAAUGAAUAUGAAUGGAUAUCCAUUCGUUUUGCCCGAUAUGAUUGGUGGCAAUGGAUAUGACGACAAACCACCGACGAAGGAAUUAUUCUUGCGUUGGCUACAAGCAAAUGUAUUCAUGCCAAGCUUACAAUUCUCAUACGUACCAUGGAACUUUGACGAUGAAACAAUUGAGAUUAGUAAAAAAUUCGUGCAAAUGCAUGAGGAUUUCGCCCCUGAAAUAAUCAAACGCUUCAAAUUGGCAACAGAAACGGGUGAACCUGUGAAUCCACCACUGUGGUGGGUUGAUCCCAGUGAUCAAGUUGCACAAAGUGUAUAUGACCAAUUCCUACUCGGCGAUGACAUUAUUGCUGCACCAGUUGUGCAGGAAGGCGCUGUUGUACGUGAUGUAUAUUUACCCAAAGGGGAAUGGAAAGACGGCAAUACCAAUGAAGUGCAUGAAGGACCCAAAUGGUUGAUGGCAUACAAGGCGCCACUCGACGUCUUGCCCCACUUUUUGCGUGUACAGAAUUGAAAGCCAACUCGUAGCACAUUUCAUAUAACGAAAUUCUUUGAAUAUGAGUUUAAGCAAAAACGUGUAUUAUUUAUAGGACUGGAAUAUAAAACAUUGGCAUU